UGCGUCACAAUGAUCAGCGGGAUCAGCGGAAGAAGGAAAAAGCGGAUGUUGGCGGAUUAUUUCAAAAAUGUUGUCGCAAAAUUUACUUUCUUUACAACUGCUUCACUGUCCACUUUUAGUUAACGACGUGUUAAGGAUUGGUUAACCGGUCUGGGAAGGUUCUCUAACUGCCACUGAAUUGAAUUAUGGUGAAUUAUGAACGCGAGCUAGGUAUUAGCUGAGUUACCUACAGAUGCUGUUUCCAUGGUGAUGGAACUUUAUGUUUGACGCCUGCGAUGCCACGAUUUGUAGUUAGCUAGUUAUUGUUUGUAAAUACCUACGCCGGGGGGUUUGUUACCAACGUGAUAAGAAAUGUCAUUGGGUUUUCCCGUCAAUAAUGGCGCUCAGGUUCUGCGUUUUGAACCGAAAGAUACAAAACAGGCAACAGCAGGAGCAGCUGAAACACAUGACACCUCACUUAAGCUGGGAUUCAACAGUCUGACACUGGAUGAGCUCAGCGAUGAGCUUGACAGACGCACCAAAGAAACCGAGCGAUUGCAAAAAGAAGUGGAAAAUGCAACCAGAGAAGUUUUGGAGAGGUUUGGCUGCACAUAUGACAACAACCGCUCAUUGGGACAAGAUGAUUCACUAGGAGAUCCCUACAUUCUUUCAUCACACCAGCAGGCAAUGCCUCUGGUCUGUGGUCUCGACAAUUUAAACCAGGAGCUGGCACAAAGCGACGUCCCCUCUCCUGGAGAUGAGAUGUUGGAAAAUGCAGUAGAUGACUAUCUUCAGCAACUUUCUGACUUGAAGCUUAACAAGCCUGAACAGGAAACUUCCAAUCCACAGAAAGCUAUCAUGAACCUUCAGACUAGGCUACAUAAAGUCCAGAAUGAGAAGGACAUGCUGUCUGAGCUGAGGCUCAAGGAUUCGAAAAAACAUGUUGAUCAGAUGGAAAAGAUGUCGUGUAUGUUGGAAGAGCUUCAGAACAUCAAAAGGUUGGGAAGCCAGAGUCUGCAAGAGACAGAAGAUGAAGCGUUGGCACUCAACAGUAAAGUGGAAACACUCCAACAGACUCCAAGAGAGGUGUACCACACACUGUACGAGAAACAAUAUGGACACAUCUGUAGUAAACCUAUGCAUCAAUCUCCAGCUGUUAAGGUGUAUGAGGAUCUCAACGACACAGAUACAGUACAGGAAAAACCGUUUUUGUCACACAAACAGCUUGGUUGUGAAGACUUCAGUGGACUAAAUGAACAAGAAACACUUGCAGAGAAGCAGAUGUCUUUGCACCGGUGUCAGAUCAGUGAACUUGACUGGACUCUCCCCAGCCACAAGGAUAAGAUGUGUUGCCUGGAGCAGCAACUAAUUGAGGUUCAGACUCAUCUGUUUAACACCCAAAGAGAGAAAGAUGGAGCAUUACACCAGACAAAGGAGCUUCAGACCCAGCUUGAACAACUUAAGAGGUGCUAUGAGCUGCAGCAGUGUGAGGUCCAUGAGGAGGUAACAGUCCUUAGAGGACAGCUGGAGGUGGCCAGGGAGCAGCUAAACAAAGCUGAGGAGGAUAAAACCUGCCUGCAGGCCCUGCUGGAGCUGAAGGUUCAAGAGGGGAGGCAAUCCCAGGAACUCCUUCAGGAAAAAAAUGAGGAACUUCGGUUCAGACAGCAAGAAGCCCUGGAGCAUCUUACCAAGUUGGAGGAGACUCAAAGUCAGUGCAAGACCCUGCAGGCUGAACAAGAGGAACUGAAACUGAAGCUGAAUGACAGAGAGAAGACAAUAGAUGUUCUGAGGAUGGAAACAGAGAGCAGCGUCCAGAUAACGGUUCAGCACAGACACACCAUCGACAGUCUUCACCAGGAAAAUAGCCUCCUCAGCAACCAGCUCAACCAACACAAGCUAGAGAUUCAGCAGCUCAGGGCUGAAAUAGACCAGCAUAAGUCAGACCUGGCUGUUGUGAAGCAUGAGAGGCGACAGCUACAGGCCUCUUUGACUGAGAAGAGUCAGCGUGUCCGAGAAGACGCCCUAGAGAAAAGGCAGCUCACUGCACAGCUAGAGCUGCUGCGCAUGCAGUUACUAACCCUUACUAAUGAGCACAAGGAGUUACAACAGGUCCACAGCUGUAAGAAUGAGGAGCAUGAGGGUGUGGUGCUGAAGCUCCAGAGUCAGCUAAGGAACGCCCAUGAUGAGCUAGAUCAGAUGAGGAGCACCCUGAAGACCCUUGUGGGAGCAGAUGGACAUGGUCUCCAUGUAGCCUUGGACAUGCAGAAGGAGAUCACUGCUAAAAGAGAUCAGGUUGACUCUCUGCAAGGCACAAUCCAAUAUCUGAAGGAGAACAUGGACAAGCUGCACCAGGAGAAGCGCUACCAGCACAUGGAGGCCCAGCGUCAACUCCGGGAGCUUACGUUUGUCAAAGAGGAGAAGAGACAGCUUAUCAAUGAGUUGGAGGCCCUUUGCUCCAAUGACAAACAGUUAAGGGGCCGCAUCAGCGAGUUGGAGGCGAUACUUCACAAGAUGUCAGAGAGCUUUGCAAACUGUCAGGAUUUCACACAACUACAAGAGCAAGAGUUUUUCCGUCUGAAACUUCAACACGCACUGGACUUGAAGGAGCUCCAGGGUCAAAACUUGUGCACAGCUAUAAACCCGCCUGAUCUCUACUCCGUGGCCCCAUCAACACACACCAACCCAUCCUCCCCCCAGCAUGCCUGCAACACCCAGAUCAAGUCAAACAGGCAGCAGAAAAGCCCGGCCCGCAAGCUCAGGUCUCUCGUCAGAGAACUGCAAGGAGUGAUUUCGGAGAAUCUCAGCCCACACACCGUUAACAACGGUUCUGCCUCUGGCAGAAGCUUCCACGGAAGGAGGUCUGCACCGGAGAGAGAGCACACAACCACACACAGUUCUGAGAAGGCUGAAGAAGUAAUGUCUGUCUCCAGACUGUGGCCAGAGAUCUGUAGCAGUGAGCCGCAUUCCCACAAGACAGCUGAGACAAGCGCGACAGUGAUCAACAAGUCCUCCAGUGAGAGUCAUGCUAUCUGGAGUCCAGUGAAGUAUAAUUCCUCACAACAGCUUUUCUCACUGGGGCGCAGGUCCCCCGUCCACUCUCUCCUGACCUCUGACCCAGCCAGCUAAGAGGGACACACACAGUCCUGAGGCUAGUUCCUCGUAUCAGAACUCUCUGUAAGUUGUUAAAACAUAACGGUAUACUUCCAGUAUACACACAGUGUGUUUGGCACAGUGUGAUCGAGAGAGUUGUUGAUCAUAAGGGAGACUGUUAACAAAUUGAAUGACCCGAUAAGUCAGUAAACAGUUGCUUAACUCGUGAUGUGAAGAAUCACUUGACAUGAAAGUCACAGUGAGUCAUUCAUGGGUUUUUCUUUGUUACACAUGUCUUUCAGCAGGGCUUAGCAAUAUCAGUUAAGAUAAAACAAAUAAAUAUUGAUUUACACCAAUCUAUGUGAUGUAAUACAGGAAAAAUGAAUUUAAUGACUGCACCUCUUCUGUCUUACAGAAAGCUCUUCACUAACAGAUCACAGUCCAUGACAAAAAAAGUUUAUAUAUAAUUAAAUUAAUAUCAGGUAUAUUUUUAAUGUCUAUUGUUUAAAUAAUGUUUUAAUAAAAUGUGCAGUUUUGUGUGUUUUAA